CCUCCCCUCCAAUACACCCACACACGAAGAGACACCUACACCUUUGGAGAGGCUCUCCACUCUACCUUCUCUGUCCACGCAUCCCUCUGGAUUCCCUCUUGCUUUCUCGGCAGCGUCGACUUCGUAGCCAAGGAACAUCGCGAAUCCUGGACGUCUCAUAGUGUCGUGCCCGCGGAUUACCUUUCGUUCUUAAUUAAAAUCGUAUUCGCGAUCGAAUUCUAUUUGAUUAGAUCCGACCUAACAUCUUAACUUUUAACAUCGAAUUUAAUAUUAAAGUGACUUCAAGAAGGACAAGUAUCUAAAUAAUCGAAUUGGAUUUGUCGUCAAUUUUCAAGAGCAAUUGAGAAGACAAAUGUUAGCAGGAUGUCUCGUAGAUCGUGUUUACGUCGUUCAUGAAGACGUCCUCGCUGAAUCGUUCGAGUGAUUUGCGAUCGGCGUAAACGAGACGCAUCCCGAGAAUUCCGAUCGUCCUCGGCGUAAUCUCAAUUCCCAGUCGGACUACCCAACAAGGAGGAACGAAGGAGUUACUUCUUCUUCUUUGUGCAGGAUGUAUAAGAGAAUGAUUUUAGCGAUCGUACGCGAGAAACCGUGCUUGGUGACUAGUCAAUGGAAUCAGCCAGUGUCUUCGAUGGAUAGCUCAUCUCGAACGGGUUUGCCUCUUUCUCCGUGAGAGUAAGAAAGAAAGAGAGAAACAGGGAGAGAGACAGAGAGAGAGAGAGAGAGAGAGAGAGAGAGAGAGAGAGAGAGCUGGUCCAGGAACCAGCGGAAUUCUCCUUCUCGUUUCUUACGUCGAGUCAGCGAGUUCGAUCACGUUCGGGUUUAACCGUCGGACCUAAAGCCAAAAGAAGAUUCUCCAAAGGGAACGCCGACUAGAUAUAUCCCGUAAAGCUAUCGCUUUACCGACCGAUUCCCGAGCUUUUUUCUCGACGUGGCAUGCACCGUUUGCAUCGGACCCGGGCCACAUUUACAUCGACGCGCGUGUAAAAACCGAGCCGUCGCUCGCUCGACGCCAAAGAUCGAGGGGAGGCUACGUUUCGCAAGCCACGAACGAGAUAGAUCCUUCCGAUCGAGUUGGAACCUCGAAAGCCUAGCCGAUCGUUCUCCUGUACUUCGCCGAUUUCAUCUUCCUUGAAAUUCUUUGGGAAUAUAAAUCAUCAAGGAUUAUAUUUAUUAUAUCGAAGAAAAAAUAAAUAAAUGAAUAAACAAAGGAAAACAGAAAAAAAGGAGAAGAAGGAAAAAAAAUAAAGGAAAAAGGAAGAUCUUCGUUAUACUGAAAAACAUGAUCAAACGAGAACGAGCAUAAGGUUGAUCUCCCUCAUUGAGAUUGGUCGUAAAGGAAAGAAACAAAAAAAAAAACAGAUCAUUUCGAUCUGAAAACGGCAUGUUCAAGGUUAAGUCGAGAUAAACCGAGACCUGUGGACAGUAGUACCGAUAAGGAGUCGGAUCGUUGCCACGAAGUCUGCGAGAGUAAAAGAGAGAAACGACGAGUGUGUUGUUGGCUUUAGGCCUGCGAGGACUAACGUCGAUGCUCUUUUUCAUCUAUGCUUUUCGAUCUUCGCAUUUACUCUAUAAUUUUGAGUUAACUUUUCGUGUUACGGUGAAAAAACGAAUUUGUUACAUCACGAUGAAUCUCGUAAAGGAUCCUUUUGCAAAACGAAGACAGAAGACGGAGAGAAACGAAAAGGUUCGCGAAGGAUCGUUUCCACCUGAGAUAAAAAGGAAGAUUUAAGAAGAAACUGUCAAAAGAUCAGGUUUUAUGGAAUUCGAAAUACGAAAAGAGUCAGAAACUUUCGACGAGACACGUCGAUUCGUUAAAGCGUUUCUCGAAAGGUGACGAUUUGUAAUUAGAACGCGAUAAAGAUUCGAGCACGUGUAAAUACUGCGUGUAAUGUUUCGUUCAUUGACGAGGACGAUUCAAUGGUAUCGAUCUUUAAAGAUAUUAACAGUAAAUAUAUCUGACAUCACAUUCGUGAUUUCACAAAAGGAUUUAUAAAUCAGUUAGUUUGUUUUUUAACGAAAGUGACCAAGGACACUCUGUAUAUACAAAUCGUAAUCGGAGAAACUAAUCGAUGAAAAUUAUUAAGCGAUAGUGCGAUCGAGUGGCUCUCGACGAUUACUUCGAUUGCCAAAGACGCCUACCAACUACACGGCUACCGUCGCACAGUGAUCAACGGAAUCUUACCGGCGGAACGGACGAUACGGCACGACGAGUAGACAAGAAGACAUCGAUUUAUUUAUUAGACUCGAUAAAUCAUCGUAUUCUUUUUUCUUUCAACAACAAAAGAAUUACAUAGUUGGAUCAGUGAUAAGUGAGAAGUGCCAGUGUCGAAAUCGGAUCACGUGUGUAAACUCGAACAAAAGCAAAAGUUCAAGAUCGGAACAUCUAACUAUCUAAUUGGGUAAAAAGGAUCGAUAAGAGAUUUAUUUUCUUCGAACUAUAUGAGUGAUUCUCAAGUUGAAAACAAUAUCGUUUAAUUGUUCGCAAAGGAAGCUAUCGAAGUCGAUUCAAAUAUAGAGAUAUAAUAAAACGAGAAACUGUAUCGAGUGAAUAGAAAUAAAAAUAUUCUAAUUUGAUAGCUCGAUCGAGGAUAUACUUAGACUGGAGCUGUACUUGCCAUACGCACCACUGCCGGGGGGUGGCGAGAUCCUCCCGGCAGUGAGCACGGGCGCUGCUUCAGGUGGCUGUCGUCCGGUGCUAUUGGGUGGCAUCGAUUUGUCGAUGUCGGCAGCGGUGGAACCGGUUCCGACGCUACCAACGCUACCAACGAGCGGACUACCAGCUCACAAUCCUCUCCAUCAUCCGCCCGGAGGACUGGCCUUGCCACCCUUGGCUUCGGCCUCAGUUAUGAUGCCACGUCCACCACCGGGUACCACCAUGCCACCUCUUGGUCCAUCCUCUUUGCCGCAGGCUCAUCAAGAUACCGGAGACCUUGCGGACACUCCGCCCAAUCCUGACGUCCUCUUGGCUCUUCUAGCCAGGAAUAAAAACUUGGAAGCCUCGAUACCGAAAUGUGGUGGUUGCCAGGAAGCAAUCUUGGAUAGGUACGUGUUAAAGGUCCUAGAAAGGUGUUGGCACGCGAGAUGUCUAACCUGUCGAGAUUGUGGAGCAAGACUAACGGACAAAUGCUUCGCGAGAAACGGCCAUGUCUUUUGCAAGGACGAUUUCUUCAAGUGUGGCAGGCGUUUUGGGACGAAAUGCGCGGGCUGCGGCCAAGGCUUGGCACCAUCGCAAGUGGUAAGGAGAGCGCAGGAGUUGGUGUAUCAUCUGACGUGUUUCUCCUGCGCACUCUGCUCGCGACAGUUGGACACCGGGGAUGAAUUUUACCUCAUGGAGGAUAGAAAACUCGUCUGCAAGCCGGACUACGAACAAGCCAAGGCAAAAGAGCUGGCCGACGGCGGUAGCAUCGAUGGCGAUCAACCGAAUAAGAGGCCGCGAACGACGAUCACGGCGAAACAAUUGGAAACCUUGAAAUUGGCGUACAAUACCAGUCCAAAACCAGCGAGACAUGUUCGAGAACAGCUCUCGCAGGACACAGGUCUGGAUAUGCGUGUCGUCCAGGUGUGGUUUCAAAACAGGAGGGCAAAGGAGAAGAGACUGAAGAAGGACGCCGGUAGAACAAGAUGGUCGCAGUAUUUUCGAAGUAUGAAAGGGACAAGUGCAGGUGGACAUUCGCCUAGGCACGACAAACUACUCGACAAGGACGAACUUAAAGUCGAUUUGGAUUCGACCUUCGGCCAUCACGAUUUGAGUAACGAUAGUUACGGGACGGUCGUGAAUAUGGGAUUGGACGGAGAAGGUGCGAGUCCAGGUGGUGGUGGAAACAGUGGUAGCGGUGGACCACCUCGUGGUUAUUUAGGUGCAACGACACCACCUUAUCUAUCGACAUCCAGAUCGCCGUCCUUACCACCACAAUUUCCAUACCCACCGGAUGCAGGUCUUUCUGUAUACACUACUCUCGGCGGUCCAGGAGGUAUGGUACCAGGACCUGCAUCGGAUCUUAGCAACGAAUCGAGCGGGGGUGGUGGUGGUGGUGGUGGUGGCGGUGGUGGUUACCCCGACUUUCCACCCUCGCCGGAUUCCUGGCUUGGAGAGCCACCUUCGCACGCUCAUCACCACUCGCACUACGCCACAUAACCCGCCAAAGCCGAACAAAAUCGAAUACCGUCUAAAAUAAUGCAACGCUACGGGAUACUUACCUGACGACAGAUCUUUCCUCGAGAUUACGACAAAUGAGAAGAAUCGCGUAUCCUCGGAUCUCUUCCGUUAGGGUCGACUCGUCGUCGUCGACAUCGUCGUCGUCAUUUUAGCCGACUGCACACUUAUGUCAUUAUACUUGAGACUACGUGUUGCGAUUUGUUCGAAUUCGUUUAUUAUGUACAAAUUCUACAUUGCCUCGAAACGAAAGGGUAAUCAAAAAGGCGCGGAAUUGAAAAACAGAACGGUUUGGAAAUACGAACAAGUUCGAAAAAGGCGCUCGAGUAGUACAGACUCUUUAAAUCGAGUGUACAUUUUGGAAAUGAUCGUCAUUAAAAGGAAGAGUUAUAAUCGGUACUACUGUCAUUAUUUAUUUGAUACUAUUAUGACUUUGUUUUAAUCGAGAUUAUAAAUAUAUUCGUGACUUUGGUAUUCGUCUAUUCGAGAGCAUCGCAUGAACGAUGAAAUAGAUUUAUGAACGCACCGUUCUUUCGCGCGCCAGUAAUUGAAACGUUUCUAUAAUGAAAGAUAGCAAUGAAUCUUAUCGUAAUAAUCGCGAUUGACGUUCUCUUAUUUCGUCUGUAUAUUUGACGUCAUAUAAGUAUUAUUUAUAUGUAAAAUGUAAAAAUUGUAAGAGUAUCGAACGAUGAAGUGCUUGAAAAAGAAAAGAAAAAAAACAAACAAAAUUCAAGUACGAAAUCUUAACGAUCGAUAGCUUGACUCUCUCAUGAUCAAUCAAACUCAAUCUUAAGAAGUGUUAACGUUGGUUUUUUCCGUUCAAACAAAUGCGAAAAAGUGAAGCGCUCCUACCAGCAAUCGCCUGCAAUCUAACGACAACACGACGGAAAUCAAAGGAGACUCAUCGCGAGUAUUAAAUUCGACUUGUGAUAAAUGAAUUUCGGCGUAAUAUUUCGGGAGAUGUAAUCUGGAAAUUUCAGCAUCGACGAACUGUCGCGUAAGUAACGUACACGAACAUGCACGGACGUAUCUAUUUAUCUAUCGUUAUCGAGCCCGUAGCUCUUUCAAGGUAUUGAUCGUGUAUAACUAUCGAAGUCAGCUUUCGUGGAAAUUCUUGCGUAGCUCGGAGUGUCGUAGACUUUGAAAGAGAGGGAAAAAUCGCGUAGCCAUAUUUUGUGACUAUUUCGAUGGAAUAGUCCAAAUAUCUUAUGGAAUGUUUUCUUUCCAUUUGACGAUAUAAUUAGAAAAAGUUUGUAUCUUCUGGUAACCUGAUCGGUCUAUUUUGAAAGAUAUUUUAACAUUCCACGUUUUUAUCGAGAGUAAAACGAUCGAUACUUUUACCUAUAGAAGCCGUUUCUUAAUAGAUACGUCUUUAUUUCCCCGAAGUACCUAUUUACUUCUUGUAUUUAAUAUCGUGUGUUCCGUAUAAGUGAUACAUUUUUAAUUGAAUCUUUUGCCCGAAUUUCUAAGUGACAUGGGGCUGGCUAGUAAUCGAUUUGCACAUUGAUCCUUUGAUUUUGAUCCUGAUGAAAUAUUUCAAACAGGAAGAAUCGAAAUGUUCUUAUUGCGUUUCGAGAAAUGCAUUGAUUACAAAUUCUAAAAGAUUACAUUCAGAAGAAAACUAGUUAUCUUCGAACGAGUGUCGUAUCGAUGAUCAAUAAUUUUCUUUGCGAAAUAAGUAUUAUAAAUGGAUGUCUGAUUAACAAAUCAAGUAUUAAUCCUUAUGAGAAUUUGUAAUCAAAAGUAAAACACGAUUUGUAGGUGAAGAUAUGUGUUUUACAAAAGAUAUGCUUUUCUGAGAAUCGAUGAGCACGAUUAUUUCACCAUUUGGAUUAUCUCUUAAUCGUUUACACGUUUCAAAAGUUAGAACGUUUAGUCAUUUCAUUUACAUAAAAUAGUACAAAGGAUAUAUUCCAUGAUCAAAGUUAUUAUUUUAUAAUUGUCUAAAUUAUAAAUCCAAGAGUCGAUAAUGCAGAUCCCUUCGUUGGUAUUUGUAAUAAAAUCAAAUCUUACUCGUUCGCAAAAAUUUGCGAUCGAUCAUACUGGGACAAACAGGUUGAACAAAUCGUGAUAAUCAAAAUUGCAAUUAGUUUGUAGAAAGUGAAAAUCGAAAAUAUAUACAUGAUCAAAAUAAUUGCGCUGGUUUCGAUCGAUCGUGAAUAAUAUCGAGAAAUAAAAUCCGGCGAAUGAUAUAAAGAUCUUUUUGUUCCUUCUAGUUAUUUCAAAUUUUAUACGCGUUCUUCGAGGAAAACAAAGAAACGAAGAAAGAAAGAGAAAAAGAAUGAAAGAAAUAAAAGUACACAGAUGAAUUUUAUUAUGCACAUAGAUAAGGCGCGAGAAUGUUGCGAAUCAAAGGAAAAAAAAUAAUAAUAAUAAAAUAAAAGGGAUCUCUUUCCGCACAAUCAUCGGAUUUUCUACAAGUUUAUCGAUGAUAAUUCUACGUGCGUCUCGUAUCAUUAAAUGAAGCAUUUAAUCGCGUAUAUUACAUGCAGGAACUGUAAUCGAAAUUGAAUCUUUACCGAUUCGUAUCUCUUGUAUAAAAUUUGCUCAAUGAAUUCUUUCAUUUAUUUUAUAAUACCAGCUCUCUAAAAUACUGCUGUGCGUAUUAAUGGCAGUAACUCAUUUGAUGUUCCACAUACGUACGUGGUAUAUUAUAUUUGGUAUAUAGAUUAAAAUAUAUAAGAAUCAUGAAUCUAUCUGCGGUUAACUCGAACAAGAUAAGAUAUCUAAUUCCAGAAAAGACAGACAUAUUCAGGAUACACGUAGUCUUCACGAAACGAUCGAUCGACCUCGAGAAAUCAAACUGGGAUCUUUUUUGUACGUAAAUUAAGUGUUUUUGUUUCGUCUUAUUUCAUUCUAAAGAAAAUGAAAAAAAAAAAAAAGAAAAAAAAACACUCAUCAUCGUAAUUGCAAUCAGAUUUUGAUUACAGUUCUUGAUCAUAUAUAGCAGCGUGCUACUGAAAAAGUGUCACUGUAGAAUUGUAUAUACGUAUACCCCUCUUCCUAAUCAUUCUGCCUACAAAUUCAAUUAUCAUGAGGAAAGAAGCGAAAAAAAGCGUUAAAAAAGAUGUAUUAAACGACUAAGAAAGAGUGAAAUGUUGUACAAUAUGAAAAAAAAAAAAAAAAAAGAAAAAAGCUGAUUUUGUGCUGCUCACCGAACUUGACGGACAAAAAUAUGCGUGUGAUUAUCGCAGUUCGCAACUUCACCGAAAUCGGUUAUUACGGAUCUUUAUAUUAUUAUCUAGUCAUCAAGUGAUAAUAAAAAUUUAUCAUAAUCUAUGUUAA